UCCGAGGAGCCCAAACUUUCCAGUAACACCACAGGCGGCUGCUAAACAAACGGAAAAAAAGGAGGGGGUAGCUGAUUAGUAAAGAUUGAAAGAGAAGAAAAAGCGCUCAGCUUUCUUUAAAUAUUUACAUUAUAGAUAAAUUACAUUUUAGCUUCUAACAUUUUGCUUAAUUUUCUUUAGCAAAAGGAUCACUUUUUGCAAAAAAUAAAAAGAGAGAGAAAAUGAUGAGGCUGCUGUGCAUCACUAUAGUCUGCUUGAUCCUGGCUGGCAGUGCCUACAGCGAAGAGCCGAUCUUAACAGUCAAGGUUUCUGCUGAACUAGGUGGCAACAUCACCCUGCCUUGCACGAUCAUGUCCUCAGACACGAUGUCCUUUGGCGACAAUGGACACCGGAUAAAAUGGACAAAGGUGGAAGAUGAUGACGCUCUGAACGAGGACGUGCUGGUUAAAAUGGGAGAACACAUGAAGACCUAUGGGAGCUUUGAGGGACGUGUCUUCUUGCGGGGGCUCAAGAGUGAAGAUGCCUCCUUAAUAAUGACUGAAGUCUCCAUGGACGACAAGGGAAAAUAUCACUGUGAAGUUGACAACGGGAUGGAAGAUUCACUGCAAGAGGUCAUCUUGGAGGUGCAUGCUGGUCUGACGACUGGUGCCGUGUUCCCAUAUUCCCCCCCUUCGGGCCGAUACAACCUGAACUUCCAAGAUGCCGUGCAAGCCUGUGAGGACCAGGAAGCUGUGAUUGCCUCACAUGAACAGCUGCUUGCUGCAUGGAAAGGCGGGUUGGACUGGUGCAACGCUGGAUGGUUAAGUGACGGUACAGUGCAGUAUCCUGUCACCAAACCCAGACAUCCUUGUGGUGGCUCCAACAAUGGGCCUGGCCUCAGAACCUAUGGACGCCAAGAGAAGAUUAGGCAAUUUGAUGUGUUCUGCUAUACUACUGCACUCAAAGGACAUUUCUAUUGGCUGGUCCAGCCAGAAAGGCUGACCUUCGAUGAGGCUGUGGAGGCAUGCAGAGAUGACGGUGCAGAGAUUGCCAAGGUGGGCCACAUGUUUGCUGCCUGGAAGCUUGAAGGCUAUGAUCGCUGUGAUGCUGGCUGGCUGGCUGAUGGAAGUGUCCGGUACCCCAUCUCCAGGCCGCGCAAGAACUGCAGCCCCACAGAAGCAGCAGUGCGCUUUGUUGGGUUUCCCGACAAGACAGUGAAGUCCUAUGGCGUGUAUUGCUACAAGCCUGAUCAGUGAUGGGUUAGAUAGGUCUAAAGAAGCCAUGACCACCAAAGAGCAGCAAAAGCCACAACCAGUAAAAUCAACAAUGAAGCAGAUAAGCUUUUGAUCUAAUCUAGCAUGAACCCAAUACCUUUCUAAAGCUGUGAUAACCCUAAAAAUACAUAUAUAUACAUACAUGCAUACAUCUUAUACCCUCCUAAGAAUUAAGAAAAUGACUUGUAGCUGUUAUGUUUUGCAUUUUCCUAUAGGUGGCUUUCAUUGGUUUUACACAGAGUAUUAAGUAAAGGUAUAUUUUGUCAAAGUGUGACUGAUGAAACAGAGACAGAGAAGUAAAUGGUUAGCAUAAUCUGACUUUAGUUUGUGUCCCAUGAGAAACGAUUAGAUUUGUGAAGGUCCAAAUGUAGUGCAAAUAUGCACACGUGCAGUUGACAUGUGCUGCUUUAAAGUCUGCAAGAACAAAAAAGUGUGACAUUUUAUUUUUAGCGAGUUCCGCAUUUGGGAAUUACAAACUGCUAUGGGUACUUGUUACCCUGCACAAAGUGAUCGUUUGCAGUUAAUGUUGUUUGCUUUCAGCUUCUGAAACUGAAAAAUAAAAAAACAAGCUUUUCAGACAGAAUAGUUGUGAUCAAAAUAUUUGCAAAGAAAAUGAAGGUAAAUGUUUUGGUCUGCAACUCCUUUUGCUGUGGAAGCUUCAAUUACCACAAUUUCCACUUACAGUCGGAAAGACCACUAUAAUCUAAUGCAAUGUAUUCUUUUGUCCUAACAAAAGGUUUUUACUUUUAAUGAUGGGUUACUGAUAGUUUUUUUUACAUGUGCAUAAUGUGCUUUUAAAGAAAAACUACAGAUUCAGUUUCUAACACUAGUAGGAUUUUAGCGGAGAAGUUAAACUGAAGAUAUGAUUUGUCCCAACACACGAGUGGCAUUUCCUAGAAGAAAUCUAAUAUUACAGCAGUUAAUAUAUGACUAUUAAAUGUUUGGUUGCACAUGACCACUGAUACAGUUGCACAUCUUCAUAUUGUGGCUAUGAGCUGCAAAAUUUCAAUUCGUAUUUUGAUGAUCAAUCACACUCACAGAUGGUAAUUAGAGGCGCAACAAAACUUUUCUAGAGAUACAGAGAUAUGGUACUCACUGUAGAACACAUGCAAUAAUGUGGUGAUGCAUUGUUUGUAAUAAUAAAACUCAAGUUGUCAAGGAAAAAACAUUUUGUAUCUUAGCACCUUGUACCUUUUCAAAUGAAGCUGUGUGAAAUAAAGAACACAACUCUUAAAUCCA